AUGGGAUCUCUUUCAAUUUCGUUCCCGCAAGAACAAGAAGAAAAAUCAAUAAUUGAUCAAACCAAAUUGCUUAAUCUGUUCAAAGCCCAACAAAAUUACCUCAACCAUUUCUUUCAAAACCUUGAUCUCUCUCAGACCUUAAAUUUUACACAAACGCUUUUGAAUUGCAGGGGCACCAUUUUUUUCACUGGUGUAGGAAAAUCCGGCUUCGUGGCUCAGAAAAUCUCCCAGACGUUAAUUUCUCUCAGUAUAAAAUCUGGGUUUUUACCCCCUGUCGAUGCGCUCCAUGGGGACAUUGGCGUUUUGGCCUCAGAUGAUUUACUGGUUUUAUUCAGUAAGAGUGGGAAUUCUGAGGAAUUGUUGAGGCUUGUGCCGUGCGCGAAGGCCAAGGGGGCGUAUUUAAUAUCUGUGACGUCGGUGAAGCCUAAUGGGCUGAUGGGAUUGUGUGAUCUGAACGUGCAUUUGCCUCUGGAGAGAGAAUUGUGCCCGUUUGAUUUGGCGCCGGUAACCUCGACCGCAAUCCAGAUGGUUUUUGGAGAUACUGUAGCUAUCGCCCUAAUGGGGGCUCGGAAUUUGAGCAAAAAGGAGUAUGCUGCGAAUCAUCCAGCAGGGAGGAUUGGAAAGAGCUUGAUUUUCAAGGUGAAGGAUCUUAUGAAGAAGAAAGAAGAACUUCCAGUUUGCAAGGAAGGAGAUCUAAUCAUGGAUCAGCUGGUAGAGCUAACUAGUAAAGGUUGUGGAUGUCUUCUUGUUAUAGAUGAUGGCUAUCAUCUGCUAGGUACAUUUACAGAUGGUGAUUUACGGCGUACGUUGAAAGCUAGUGGUGAAGGGAUCUUCAAGCUUUCAGUGGGAGAAAUGUGUAACAGGAACCCAAGGACAAUUGGUCCUGAUGGAAUGGCUGUUGACGCAAUGCAGAAGAUGGAAUCUCCACCAUCCCCAGUACAGUUUUUACCCGUAAUCAGUGAUGAUAAUAUUUUGAUUGGUAUUGUUACGUUGCAUGACUUGUGUGGUUCUGGUGAACUAGCAGCGCCUACUGCAACUCAUGUCUCCUCCAAUGCCCGCCGCAUUCACGCCGACAACCGCCACUACGCCGCCACUCUCUUCUCUCUCCCAAGUCCACCAUUUCCAAUUCUUCCAUCAUCACCAAUCACCCUUUCCCUCUGCUCUCAAUUCUUCAGGUUUUUUGAAGCUACGCAGGAGUAA